ACUGUCCUUUGUUUUACAGUAAACAGGAGUCAGUUUUACUCACAUCGGAACGCUAGAGGGCGCAAUGUCUGCUUGUCCCCGUCAUCCAGAUUACACGAAGAAGACAUGCUCGUUCGUGAUUGGUUCUCAAAAGGCCAUGCUUGCCCGUCAGUGACAUGUUCUCAUUAUAUUCAUGGUGGUACUCAUAUUUUUGUUAUUAACACGACAUACGCUGAAACACGUAGAGCAACCAACGAGAAGUCCGCUCGAAGCCAAAAUGGACACAGGCAACAAAGUGUGGACGAGUGAAAAUCUGUCGAAGCUUCUGAGUGCGAUGAAAAAGAACAUCUUAGACUCUGACCGAAUAAAAACGUUUUCCCAAGGCGUCAAGUCGCUGGACUGGGGAAAAGUGGCAUUCCCUCCUUUUUCACCUGAAGAUUGCCGAGAUAAGUGGAGAGUUGUAGCGCACAAUAUGCGCAAGUUUCGAACACUCGCAGAGCUUCUUGAUGAAGCUGCAGAUGAACUUUCAAAUACACCCAGACUGGUUGAUUCAAAGCACCCAAAGAAACCUGGUCAUCCAAGCAUCAUUUUUUACCAAGAGAACAUGUACAAAUAUCAUAAGCAGCACCCAGGGUUGACUCGCAAAAUGCUCUUCAAAUUAAUCACAGACAAAUACAAAGCCCUGACAAAAGAAGAAAAGUCCCCAUAUGUGGCAAAGUACCAGCGUGCGUUUGCACAAUACAAGAGGAAGUUAAGGGAUGAGGAGAGGAAGCGAUUAAAAGGACAAAGUGAAACAAGUUUGGAGGAAUCCACAGGGGACCCCCAGCCUCCAAAGCCCCCCAUAAGCGGUUAUCAAUUAUUCUGCAAGGAGCAGCUGCGGUCCAUGGAGGACGUUCCCAAAAAGUCCUACAUGGUUGAGUGGGCCAAACGCUGGCGUGACUUGACAGACGACGAGAAGAACAGCUUCAGCACGCGCUGCGAAGCGAUGAAGAGAGAUUACGCGCAGAAGAUGACGCACUAUCGUUUGAGUCGUCAUGGCCCUGACAGACACAACGCGGAUACAAGACCCUCAGAUUCUGAAGAUGAAGACAUUGAGGAUAGCAGCAGCGAUGAAGAGGAACAGUAUUUGGAUUCCAAUGAGGAGUUUGAUGAUGAGGACGUCGGUGACAUUUGCUUUAAUGUCUUUUAGAUGGACAGAGCUCUCCUUUCAUGUGAAAUGUUAAACUUUGGAUUUUGUUCGGAUGAUGAAUUAAUGAAUGUUUUCAAAAUGCCAGCAGAGACAAUGUUAUUAAUUGCCUCUGUGUGUCUCUGUUUUUGUUUAUCUGCACUUGGAUGCAUUUACAUUGUGUGUAAUAAAGUAUUUAAAUACCA